AUGUCAACUAAUAAUAAUAAUAAUAAUAAUAAUAAUAAUAACAAUAAUAAUAAUGAAGAUAUUGAUAACGAUGAAUUUCAACAACAGGAUAGUGAGGAACAACAACAACAACCACAGGUAUCAACAUUCAAUGAACAGCAACGUCAAAUAAGGGAACAGCAGCAGGUAAUAGAUAAACAAAAUCAACUUCUUCAACAACACAUUCAAUUAAUAAAUCAACAAUCUAAUAACAAAAUAUAA